AUGACUGUUUCCUCUACACUACCGUGGGCCGCUGCUCAAUUUUACCUAUUACACCCAGCAAAUGAUCGCAACAAACAAGGCGCUGAGUCUUGUACUUGGAUCUUGCUUCUAGAUGACCUGGCUACUGCUCAAUUUUACCUAUUACACCCAGCAAAUGAUCGCAAUAAAAAAGGUGCUGAUUCUUGUACUUGGAUCUUGCUUCUAGUCGACCUGGACGGUCAAGAAUUUACCCUACUGGACGCUGUUGAGCGACUUAGCUGCUCCUGUCGAGAACUUGGACUGUCUUUGCCUGGUCAGUUUUACUUGACGGGUCGGCAAGGACAGACAGCCAACAGUGUAGUGGUCGGUUAUAGAGGUAGAAUACAGUUAAAAUGCCUAGCAAUCUGUCGGCCUUCCUGGUUCCACUACCAUCAUCCACCCUUCAGCGACUUGGAUGACGGUGCAGUACCGUACCAGGGUCUUCUGAGCAGGCCCAACGUGCACGUGACCCACUCCAAGCCUUACCGUCGACAUCAAGAGCAGUCAGGUAUAAAAUCGCUUUUAACCCCUGGGCUGAUUAACUUGACCGUUGCUGUGGAAGGGUCGGAAAACCAGUAUCGAAAACCCUAUCAACCAUGUUUUGUUGUCCUCUAUUGGAUGAUUAGACUCAGCGGGCCAACAAAUGACGUUGAAACCACUGCCUUGUAA